AUGAGAACUUUAAUCGUUCUUUCUGCUCUCGUCGUUGUCGCCUUGGCGCAAUAUGGUUCAGUAGCAACUGCUGCUGAUACUUCAGCUGUUCAAGUAACCUACCAAGUGCCACAAUAUCAAUAUAACCCCUAUCCAGGAAACUAUUUCUAUAGACCAAGGUGAAUCUUAUUCAAAAAAAAUGUCAAAAUAAAACAAUAUUUCAGACCUCACAGACGUCACGGAAGACAUCAUCGUCAUAGAAGACCAGAUCACGACUGGGAUUUCGAUGAUGAAUCAUCGGAAGAAGAUUGGGGAUGGGCUCGAGAUGAUUUUGAAGGAUAUCAUGGAUAUCAUGGAUAUCCAUAUCCAUUCCAAUAUCAACAACCAAUUUACACAGUUCAAACAACAUCGAACAAUGCCGCUGCUGAUUCAACCAGCUAUGGAACUGUUUCAAAUACUGCUGCUGCUGCUCCAGCCACCUAUGGAUCCCAAUAA